UAUGUGGGCAGGUGGCGCCAGGCGGGCUUCUGCACCAAGAUGGCGGCUGGGCCCUUAGCCUCAUACCCCGCAUAGGCUUCGCGGUGGUCCUAUCCGAGCAAAAGCUGGCAGGCUGACAAACGUGCAGCUUACAGGACGGACUCUCUGGCUACUGACCAUUUAGCUGUGGCAUACCCGGAUUGUGCGUGGGUGGGAAAUCGACAAUGAGCUCGGUGGCAGUUUUGACCCAGGAGAGCUUCGCUGAACACCGCAGCGGCCUGGCGCAGCAGCAGGUGAAAGUUACAGCUUUAAACUCGGAAGAAGAGAGUGAUCCUCCAACUUACAAGGAAGCCUUCCCUCCACUCCCUGAGAAAGCAGCAUGUCUGGAAACUGCCCAGGAGCCUGCUGGUGCCUGGAGCAAAAUCCGACCAAUCAAGGCUUCUGUCAUCACUCAGGUGUUUCACGUGCCACUGGAGGAGAGGAAAUACAAGGACAUGAAUCAGUUUGGUGAAGGCGAGCAGGCCAAGAUUUGCCUAGACAUCAUGCAGAAGACAGGAGCUCACUUGGAGCUAUCUCUCGCUAAGGACCAGGGCCUUUCGAUCAUGGUCUCUGGAAAACUGGAAGCAGUCAUGAAGGCUCGGAAGGAGAUUGUCGCUCGACUCCAGACCCAGGCUUCAGCAACUGUUGCCAUCCCCAAAGAACAUCAUCGCUUUGUCAUCGGAAAGAAUGGCGAGAAGCUGCAGGACCUGGAGCUCAAAACUGCAACCAAAAUCCAGAUCCCCCGCCCGGACGACCCCAGCAACCAGAUCAAGAUCACCGGCACAAAGGAAGGGAUAGAGAAGGCCCGACACGAGAUCCUGCUAAUCUCCGCCGAGCAGGAUAAACGUGCUGUGGAGAGACUGGAUGUGGAGAAGGUGUUCCACCCCUUCAUCGCAGGCCCUUACAACAAGCUGGUGAGCGAGAUCAUGCAGGAGACAGGGACACGCAUCAACAUUCCACCACCCAGUGUCAACAAGACGGAGAUAGUCUUCACUGGAGAAAAGGAACAGUUGGCCCAAGCUGUAGCUCGUGUGAAGAAGAUCUAUGAGGAAAAGAAAAAGAAGACUACGACUAUCGCAGUGGAGGUGAAAAAGUCCCAGCACAAAUAUGUCAUCGGCCCCAAGGGGAAUUCCCUGCAGGAGAUCCUGGAGAAAACUGGAGUCUCGGUCGAGAUCCCACCCACUGACAGCAGCUCUGAGACGGUGAUACUGCGUGGCGAGCCCGAAAAGCUUGGGCAGGCACUGACUGAAGUUUAUGCAAAGGCUAACAGUUUUACCGUCUCCUCGGUCUCUGCCCCUUCUUGGCUUCACCGUUUUAUUAUUGGAAAGAAAGGACAAAACCUGGCCAAAAUCACUCAGCAGAUGCCAAAGGUUCACAUCGAGUUCACGGAAGGGGAAGAUAAAAUCACCUUGGAGGGACCCACAGAAGAUGUUAAUGUGGCUCAAGAACAGAUUGAGGCCAUGGUCAAGGAUUUGAUCAACCGGAUGGAUUAUGCAGAGAUCAAUGUUGAUCACAAGUUCCACCGACACCUCAUUGGAAAGAACGGAGCCAAUAUUAACAGGAUUAAGGACCAGUACAAGGUGUCUGUGCGUAUCCCCCCAGACAAUGAGAAGAGCAACCUGAUCCGAAUUGAAGGAGACCCUCAGGGGGUCCAACAGGCCAAGAAAGAGCUGCUGGAACUUGCUUCACGUAUGGAGAAUGAACGUACCAAGGACUUAAUUAUUGAGCAGAAAUUCCACAGAACCAUCAUUGGGCAGAAAGGCGAGCGGAUCCGAGAAAUCCGGGAGAAAUUCCCAGAGGUUAUCAUCAAUUUCCCAGACCCGGCACACAAGAGCGACAUUGUUCAACUCAGAGGGCCCAAGAACGAGGUGGAAAAAUGCACCAAGUACAUGCAGAAGAUGGUGGCAGACCUGGUUGAGAACAGCUUUUCUAUUUCUGUCCCCAUCUUCAAACAAUUCCACAAGAACAUCAUUGGAAAAGGAGGUGCCAACAUCAAAAAGAUCCGUGAGGAAAGUAACACCAAGAUUGAUCUUCCGGCGGAGAACAGCAACUCGGAAACAAUUGUCAUCACGGGCAAGAGAGCAAACUGUGAAGCUGCUCGCCACAGGAUCCUUGCCAUCCAAAAAGAGCUGGCCAACAUUACAGAAGUGGAGGUCUCCAUCCCUUCCAAGCUGCACAACUCGCUCAUUGGUGCCAAAGGCCGCUUUAUCCGUUCCAUCAUGGAGGAGUGUGGUGGAGUCCACAUCCACUUCCCUACUGAGGGCUCUGGCAGUGACACUGUGACCAUCAGGGGCCCUGCCCAAGAUGUGGAGAAGGCCAAGAAACAGCUGCUGCACCUGGCAGAGGAGAAGCAAACAAAGAGCUACACCGUGGACCUUCGUGCCAAGCCAGAGUAUCACAAGUUCCUGAUAGGCAAAGGUGGUGGCAACAUCCGGAAGGUGCGUGAUAACACAGGGGCCCGUAUCAUCUUCCCCACCUCUGAAGACAAAGAUCAGGAGCUCAUCACCAUCAUGGGGACUGAGGAGGCUGUCAAGGAAGCUCAGAAAGAAUUGGAGACACUCAUCAAAAACCUGGAUAACGUGGUUGAGGACUCCAUGAUGGUGGACCCCAAACACCACCGCCACUUUGUCAUUCGCAGAGGGCAGGUCCUGCGUGAGAUUGCUGAUGAGUAUGGUGGUGUGAUGGUCAGUUUCCCCCGCUCUGGAACCCAGAGUGACAAGGUUACCCUUAAAGGAGCAAAGGAUUGCGUGGAAGCAGCCAAGAAGCGCAUCCAGGAGAUCAUCGAGGACCUGGAAGCUCAGGUGACAACUGAGUGUGCCAUCCCCCAGAAGUUUCAUCGCUCCAUCAUGGGCCCCAAAGGCUCCCGGAUUCAGCAGAUCACUCGGGACUACGGUGUUCAGAUCAAGUUCCCUGACAGGGAAGAAAACCCAGCCCCUGCCACAGAGCCAGCUGUGCAGGAGAAUGGAGAGGAGGGUGGAGAGGGCAAGGAGGCGGACCUCAGCUCGCCAAAGAAGUGUGACAUCAUCAUCAUCUCUGGCCGCAGAGAGAAGUGCGAAGCAGCAAGAGAGGCUCUGCAGGCUCUGGUUCCCGUCACCAUUGAGGUGGAAGUGCCCUUCGAUCUGCAUCGUUACAUCAUAGGUCAGAAAGGAAGUGGAAUCCGUAAGAUGAUGGAUGAGUUUGAAGUGAACAUCCAGGUCCCUGCCCCCGAGCUUCAAUCUGACAUCAUCACAAUCACUGGUCUGGCUGUGAACCUGGAUCGUGCUAAGGUGGGGCUGCUGGAGCGAGUGAAGGAGCUACAGGCAGAGCAAGAAGAUCGGGCCUUGCGAAGCUUCAAGCUGACAGUCACUGUGGACCCCAAGUACCACCCAAAGAUCAUUGGAAGGAAGGGGGCAGUGAUCACCCAGAUCCGCACUGAGCACGAGGUCAACAUUCAGUUUCCAGAUAAGGAUGAUGACAACCAGGCCCAGGAUCAGAUCACCAUAACAGGCUAUGAGAAAAACACAGAGGCUGCCCGAGAUGCCAUCAUGAAGAUUGUAGGUGAACUGGAGCAGAUGGUCUCUGAGGAUGUUACCUUGGACCAUCGUGUCCAUGCCCGCAUCAUUGGAGCCCGUGGCAAAGCCAUCCGCAAGAUCAUGGAUGAGUUCAAGGUGGAUAUCCGCUUCCCGCAGAGUGGGGCUCCUGAUCCCAAUUGUGUGACUGUGACAGGGCUCCCUGAAAAUGUGGAAGAAGCAAUUGAUCACAUCUUGAACUUGGAAGAAGAAUAUCUGGCUGACGUGGUGGACAAUGAGGCAAUGCAGGUGUACAUGAAGCCCUCUGCCCAUGAGGAGUCCAAGGCCCCAUCCAAGGGAUUUGUGGUGAGAGAUGCCCCAUGGGCAACUGUCAACACGGAGAAGGCCCCUGACAUGAGCAGUUCUGAAGAUUUCCCCAGUUUUGGGGCUCAAGUGGCCCCCAAGACUCUUCCCUGGGGACCCAAACGAUAAUGACCUGGAAGCAGAAACAUCUCCUCCAGCCUGCUGACCUGACACUAAUCUGCCACAAAAUACUUCCUGUCUGAAUUCUGAUGCAGCGGCUGGAGUAUAAAUCAAUUGCCCUAAGAGGUCUCCUAAUGGUGGCUGGCAUGCUAGACCCUGUUCUUCUGUCACAGAGGUUGGGACCUACUCUAUAAUCUCUUGAUGACGGAUCCCCCUGCCCCCUUCUUGGAACCAAUGGUUCCACUGAUGCAAACACUAAAUGUGUUCUUUUGUUUUGCUCGAAACUUCACAAUUGAUUCAGAGAUUUGCAGCAGCUUGAGUGCUGACAGAAACCUGACCUCUUGAGCAUGUCUUACUAAGGCAUUCUAGCCUUCAUUGGGAGACCUCCUUUACUGUGGCUAGGAAUCUACUUCCUGUCUCAUGACCUCAGGAAAUAAAUUUCCUUGACUUUCUAAAGCCAAAACGUUUGCCCUCUUUCCUUUUGUGUUUUUAUCCCCAGCCUUACCUUCUCUUUGUAGAGUGCAAUCAACUUUUUUUCCUUUAAACUGCCAAAAAAUUCAUUGAACGCUGAUAGUCAAUGUGGGGAGCGCUAAAGUAGUGGAGUGAAGAUCAGGCUUCUCUUAAAGGAACAAAAAGUACAGUAGCCUGUAGACACAACUAGAAUGGAAGGGACCAGACAGGGAUACCCUGCUUGUGUGAACAUGCUAAUGACUGUACUCACAUGCAGCAUUGAGCACAGAUUCUUGCUUGCACACUUGACAAGUCUUCCAAUGUGUGAGUAAAAAACCCCUCCUAGUUCCCGGUGUUCCCCUACUCCAGUGUUCAUUCUUCCCAGCAGCAAUAUGGUGAGGCAGGAGAGCCAGACAGUGACAGUAUUACUAGUGUGACAGCACUUGGGUCAGCCAACAUGGCCCAGGAGAUGCUGUGUGGGGAGUGCCGCACAAUCCUUACCCCUGCUGAGGACUGCCAGUAUAAUGGCAAUAAGACAGGAGGAGGAAGAGGGAGGUCUGUUUAUUGUUGCCUUCUUUCUACCUCAGAAGCCAGCUUGGUGGUGCUCUCUUGCUUCAAGUAGUCAGCAGUGCUGACUUGCAUUAUGGUGGCCAGAGCUGAUUUUUUUCCCCCCCCUUCUGCCUGUCCCACCUUGCACUUGGCAGUAGAGAUCCCAGGAGCAGUCAGUCUGCAACAGUUGGAGCUCCCUGGGGAAGAAGCCGUAGCAGCAGAGCUCUGGUAAGGCACACUGCCCUGCCAUUUGCUCUAGAUCAUGCCCUGAGUUACGAACAGGCCUGGUUUGGAAGGAAGGGGAAGAGAGGCAGGUGCCAGCAGCUGCUCUGACCCGUGGAGGUGAAGUGAGUGGAUGUUUUCCCCUUCCUGUUGUCCACAUGAAGAGGAUAUCAGGCUCUGCACCCCAGUAGUUUGGCACACAAAGCUGGUGCCCCUGGGCACACCUAUCGCUUGAUUUUAUAUUUAAUUAUUAUUAUUUGUUUUGUUUUUUUUAAGGGUCCUGAGUCUAAGGCAGCACAAGGAAAACCUUGUCUUUGUGGAGGGUUGCAGGGGAGUGGGGUCUGAGUUACUUCUCCUUUCCUACCUUGCUCCCACAGAGGCUCUAGUCUGAGCCAUUCUUCUGUCUAGCAACUCCAGCUCUAACAAGCAAAGCCCCAAUCUCUCUCCCUUAGUGCUGCGUAUGGAGCCUGACCUCAGCUCUGGAUGGCUGCCCCCACUUUUUGGUUAGGUGUGAGACUCCAAGUGCUAGCACUUCUCUUCCUGGAAGAGCCUCAAACCACACCGUCCUAGUGCUCAUGGGCAGCUUGAGGUGUGUGACUGGUGGAACAGGCCUUGUGCCAUCUCUCUGAGCAGAGGCAAAGGUAACUUACCCUGUACCCUUCCCAGUGGAUGGUUAAAGGGGUGGGUAAUGGGACUAGGACAGCACCCCCCUUCCCUCCUUUACAUCAGUCUUCUGAACAGGGGUGAACCCCCUGUCCCCAUACACAUGGCUUAAGUCUCUCCUGGUGUCACCAAGCCUCUCAUCUCCCCCAGCCAAUAUGCACCAAUUGCACAGCUAGGCUUGAGUUGCAUUCAGGGCACUGUGUGCCCCUGUCCCAGCCCUCCCCUCUAAAAAAGGUCACAAUGUGAUUGUACCUAAUACUGUCUCCCACUGCCCCUCAUUCUGCAGCAGACUGUGGCAUGUGUUCCAUUUCCUCGUCUUCCAUAUUGUAUGUUUCCAUGGCAAUGAUCCCUUGGCCUUAACUUUGGAAUUUGGAGACUAUAUGCAAACAUGUACAAAGGCUCAUGAGUAUGGAUGACACUGGAAUUUUAUAAAUUCUAAAAUAAAACCUGAAACAGC